AUGAGUAAGCGAAAGCGAACGCACGAGGCGAUGGACGAGACGCCGAUCGUCGACAAAAUGUACUAUGUGGAUAGGGGAUGCGAAGGACAAACGGAAAAAGUAGGCGAUUAUGAUCGUUUUCGACGACGUGGCCUAGGAUUUUUUGGGCCAUAGGCCCCCUGAAAUGACCUUGAAAAUGAGUUGUGGCCGAACUUUUUCAGUUUCGCGGCCAUCCCCCCCCUACAUAGAUUCCGGCCGUUUUUCAGUUGACCGCCACAAUCGUACACAUGGAAUUCCGAUCGGACGACCCGGAAAACGAGGACGACAAAGAAUGGAUGUACUACGUGCACUACCAGGUGUUGGACCGACGAAACGACGAAUGGGUCAAGCUGGACAGGUAAAAAUGGAGCGUUUUGAGCUGCUCUUGUUUUAGUUUUGCCACAAAAAGAGAUUUCCAGAAUCCACGUGAACGAGGUGGUCGAACCGGCGGCGGCGAACACGAUAACAGUGCCGGAAGAGGCGGGAAAAGAAGGCGGAGCACCCGUACAGCAGCAGGGAGCACUGACACGAAGCCAACGAAGGACCCUGGAGGAGUUCUCGCAUCUCAAGACCGACAUUAACAUAGUGAUGGACGCGACGUCCGCCCGGCUCGAGAAAGAGCACGAGGAGGUUCACUUUUCUAUCGAUUUUCUCGCUUAGAAACGCACAACUUUUUGUUUGCAGCGAACAAAGGUGAAGAACAUUCCGCGCAUCACGAUCGGAGCCCACACGAUAACCUCGUGGUACUACUCGCCGUUCCCGCAAUCGUGUCGGAAUCACGAGCUGUUCAUGUGCGAAUACUGCCUUCUUUACACGCCGAUACGACAGAAAUACCGUGAACAUCACUUGGUUCGUGUCUUUUAUUCGAAAAUUUGGGUUACCCGGGGGGAGUCAUCCCAAUUUUCGUAAAGAUUUAACUGUAGAAAGCAGAGAAGUGCUGUAAACCUACAAUAUGACUAGUCUAUGGAAGACUUCGCAGUAAUCCUACACAGUAGCCAAAAUUCGCUUGCCUACCAACCUACAAUAUAUUAUAUAAAAGUACAGUAGUCCUAUCCCGUCUACCGUAUUCUCUUUUCAGACGUGCAAAAAGCGUGAGCCGCCGGGCAACGAAAUCUACCGAAAGAACGAUUUGUCAGUGUACGAAGUGGACGGAAGUAGCCAGAAGGUACAGUAGCCCAAUGUCUUCUAGUAAGCCCUUUUUCCAGCUCUACUGCCAAUGUCUGUGCCUCCUUUCGAAACUGUUUAUGGAUCACAAAACGUUGUAUUUCGACGUCGACGAUUUCAUGUUCUAUGUACUUUGUGAGGUAGAAAAAAAUGACGAGCUCUAGGCGAUUUCUCAUGCAAAUUUUGCAGACGGACUCGAAAGGCGCGCACAUAGUCGGCUACUUUUCGCGCGAAGUCGAAUCGGCCAACAAUCUCGCGUGCAUAAUGGUCUUUCCGCCGUACCAGAAGAAGGGAUACGGAAAGUUGCUCAUUCAGCUCAGUGAGUCAAAAUUAGGGCAUUUCUUCCAUCAAACUUCAACAUAAAACUCACUUUUUCAGGCUACGAGCUGUCGCGACGGGAAGGCUACGUGGGCACGCCGGAAAAGCCGUUGUCGGAUCUCGGAAAGGUUUCGUACCGCUCGUACUGGUGGUGGGUGCUCAUGAAGCUGUUCCACAUCCAUCAGGGACACACCGUCACCGCCACCUACCUCUCUCAGGAGUCGGGAAUCGCCGUCGCCGACAUUGUGUCGACGCUGAGCACGAUGCGCAUGUGCCGACAGUAUCGAGGUACAAUGUUCGCCAAAAUCCAAGAGACUGGGGGUUAAUUUGAACUUGACUUGGCAAUAAUUUUUGGUAGCGAUAAGAGUGCCCAAACUCAUUUUCUCACCUACAACACCAACUUGCAGAGCCGGAAUUCAUACCGGGCGAGUGGUACGUGCGAAUCCACCGCAAGAUCGUCGACCACUGCGUGCUGCACGACUACGGCCGUCCGCCCCUGCUGUUCCUCGACAAAUCGGCGGUGCGAUGGGCGCCCGCCAUCACGCGCUGGCAAUUCGAGCGGCAACGGAAGAGGUACGGGGAGCGGAGACCGUCGAAAUCGCAGUCCGCGACUCCCCUCGCCACGCCGCCCAUCGAUGCACCGUCUCCUCAUUACUCCCGAAGGGCACUUCCCCUUCUUUCUGGUACGUUUUGAUUAGAACACUGUUUUUACCUUCUCUCUCUCACUCUUUGUCUAAUAAUCUAAUAAUUUUAAUAAUUUCCAGACGAUUACGACGACGACAUGUGA